CCCACACCUUCCGGUGGGCGUGGCGUCGCGGGAAGGCCGUUGCCGCGUCGUGAGGCGAGAGGAGAGCGGCCGGGCCCCUCCGUCCCGAUAUUAAUAAAGCGGCGGAAAGAAGAGAAAUGAAUAAGCCUCCCUCAAGGUCCAGCCCAUCGCGAAGGGCUUUUCCCGCUCCUUCUGGCAGGGAGCCCAUCCCUUUCGGCGAGAGAGACGUGCGGAGGGAUCGCUCUCCGAAUCGGGGCAGUCCGCGCAGAGACGGCAGGAAUGGUCGAGAUUCCCGGGAUGGACGGGACCUUCGGACGCGAGAGUUGCGGGGGGGCAGAGACCACCGAGACCCCCGGGAUGUGCGAGAUUCCCGAGAGCCUCUCUACGACCGCUUCAGGGAGGCCAGAGAGCCACAGUACAGGCGAGAGGAAGGCUACGACCGCUACACCCGUCUCGACGACUAUGGCCGCAGGCGGGAGGAGCCCUCUUACGAGCGCUACGGGGACUCCAUGGACAGGCCCACCCUGAGCACCGAAGAGCGCAUGAAGAGGGAGGAGAGGCGCCGGGAAGAGCUGUACCGGCAGUUCUUUGAGGACAUCAAGAAGUGCAUCGAUGCCGAGCGGCCGGUGGAUUGCUCCGUCAUCGUGGUCAACAAGCAGACCAAGGAUUACGCCGAGUCGGUGGGGCGCAAGGUGCGUGACCUGGGCAUGAUGGUGGACCUGAUCUUUCUCAACUCAGAGAUGUCCUUGCAGCAAGCACUGGACGACGUCAGCCAGGGGGGCUCUGCCUUCGCCAUCGUCAUCACCCCCCAGCACCAGGUCCACCAUUCCUGCACCGUCAACAUCAUGUUCGGCACCCCCCAAGAGCACCGGAACAUGCCACAGGCGGACGCCAUGGUGCUGGUGGCCAAGAACUACGAGCGCUACAAGUCCGAGGUCCGCGAGAAGGAGCGGGAGGAGAUCGCCAGGCGGGCGGCCAAGAUGGCCGAUGAAACCAUUCUGCAGGAGCGAGAGCGCCCCCUGCCGGCCGAGGACGGUCUCCGUGGGGCCCACCCCCCAGCCAUGCAGGCCCUCCUGAACCUGCUGGCGGACAACCGAUACCUGACUGGGGAGGAGACCGACAAGAUCAUCAACUACCUGCGGGAACGCAAGGAACGGCAGCUGCGCGCCACCGCCGAGCCCCUUCCCGCUUCGCUUCCCAGGCAGACGAUGGGAGCCACGUCGGGAUCCUUGGUGUCCGCUUCCCAGGGACACCAGAGCAGCCAGCCUCUGCCAGCCUCUGCCGCAGCCGCCGGGCCCUCCAACCCUCAGCAGGAGCUGCAGGCCAAGAUCCUCAGCCUCUUCAACAGCGGGGCAGCCACUUCCUCGGUGAACGUGGCAGCCGGGGGCGGCUCGGGGGUGGGGGGCUCUCCAAAUCCAGGCUUUGCUUCCGGGCCCAGCGCCUCUGGCCGGGCCCCCCAGCUGGGCGUGGCUGGCGUCCCCCAGUCUCAGCAGCGAGCUCCGUCCCAGGCCACCCAGUUCUCCAACCAUCCGGGCUCCUCAAGAGGGUCCGGCCCCCGGCCUUCGGCUCCCCCCCAGCCGUCCCAGCCCCUCUACCAGAGCCGGCCCCCUGCGCCCAGUAACGCGGCCACCUCGCGCCCGGCACCCUCCCUGGGGAUCAACUUCGACAACCCCAGCGUGCAGAAGGCCUUGGACACCCUGAUCCAGAGCGGCCCCGCACUCUCCCACCUGGUCAACCAGACGGUGGGCCAGGCCCGUGCCGGGCCCCCUGCCCAGCAGGCUGUGGGCUCCUACCAGCGGCAUUACUGAUGCCCGCUGGGCUUUUGGCUGCCCGCUGCAGGAAUAUUCUGGAUGGUGCAUGUCUCUCCCCCUCUCCACCCCCCCAGGUAGACUAGGGCUGGAGAAGGCAGCGACCCCCCCACCCCUGGACCUCCCCUCCCUCCCUCGUGGCCUGCUCCUUCCUUUCCCAUUGGAAAGGGGACCAAGAAAGGGCGCCCUCUCCUGAGCAACAAGGGGCAGGCCAGGGCUGGCAAAGGGUGGGGGGAGUGGGCUUAAGGGCCGAUCUGAGUGUGCGACUGCUCCCCCCCCCCCUUUGGUUUAAUGUUGUAAAAUUUGAAAGUUAAGUUUUGGGGGACCUGAGACGCCCCUUUCUUUUCCAAGUGGCUCUUGGCAGAGGUCGGUUCCUGUUCUUUGAUGGUUCGGUUAUGUAGAGGCCUCCUCCUCUGUCCUGUUGGCAGGAGGACAUAAAUUUUUAAUAAAAUUUACAUAAUGUAUAUAUUGAA